GUGCACGCGCAAACGUUGAAGGUUGUCUGCUGUACUUGUCGAGCUGGCGUCAUACGUAAACGUGGGAGUGGAUGUCCUGAAAUAGUGUCUACCAUCUGUACUUGUAACUUGUAACAAGACCCUUCCUGGUUCUGCAAUGAAUAUGAUGGAUAAGCAUCAGAGGAGCAAGAAAGAAGAUUCAAAGGGAGGGGAGAAGAAAAGUCGUCGCAAGUUGUACACCCAACCCCAUGAGCCCCAAAUUCCUUUUGCAAAUGGUCAAGAUGUCUCUGGGUCGAUGAGGUCAGCAGGAGUGAAGGAAGCUAGCUGUAGCUCCUCGGCUGAACAAGCGUUGAGUAAAAAGAAGCAAGGGUCCACUAGGAAGUAUGUUAAGGAUGAAGACGAUGUCUUGGGGAGCGAUCGCGAUGUCUUCGUCAAACCUCAUAUGUCGCCAAGGAGAAUAUUCUAUGGAGCGAAGCCCAGUUCAGCUGAGAAAAAACGACGUCAUACAAUCUCCAUGACAAGAGAUAUGAAGAAGCUUGAGGAGGCUAUUGAUCUGAAGCAACGAAGAAAGAAAAAUAAGAAAAAUGGAAACAUCAAAGCACAGACAGAUUGCAGUCCUUUCAAGGUACCUCUCAAAAAAAUGGGAGGAAAGGAAUCGGUUGACAGAGCAGGAUGUCAAAGAAAGAAGUUGAACAAAUUGAGUUGUAGAAAGAGGCACAACAACUUGGAAGAGGGAGAGACCUGUAUGCAAGAUGAAGCAUUGACAAUGACAUCCAAGCGGAAAGAAGAUGGACAUUCCUCACAUGCAUCCAAUCAUGGCAUGUUAGGAAAACAUGGAGUUAAACCAGACAAGGGCUUUGAAAGUUUGGAUGAAUUGUACAACCCAAGUCAGGAACUCUUCACUGAUACUGAGUCUGGAAAUGAGACAGACACUCAAGCCAGCGUGCAGAGAACAGUAUCGAGAUUCCUCAGUUCCCAGGAAGCUCAGAAUGACUUCAGGGCACCCGACUCCACCAUGGUCCAAAGAUCUUCCCUUUCUGCGGGUGCCGGUGACACAGAGUCAGACGUCAGUGAGAGCUCGGAUGAUGGUGAAGCAAAUGAGACUGCCCUUGAGAAGGAGAUACAUAGCUUCUUCAAGAAUGAGAAACAACAGUCUCCAAGAGGUCACAGAGAAGUUGUCCUUCCAUCGGAAGUGUCACUGACUCCUAUCCAACAGGGAACGGUUGAUGGAAUAUCUGAUGAAAGUGAGGUCAUUUGUGCAGGACAAAAGAUGCAGUCACAUAAUGAGCGUGAUGAUGUUAUGGAUAAAGAUACUAAUCAUAGUACCCCAGACAGCAUUGGUGAGCUUGAAGAUGCUCAAAGACUCUCUGACGAUUCUUCAAGUACCUGCAGCCAAGAUGUGGCAGUAAGUAAAAUUGUGUUAGGGCAAGAUGAUAGGGAUAAUAAUAACAGUGGAGAUAUUGUUCCUAGAGGAAAGAAGUCACAGAACCAGAAACAGAUUACUUCACAGAAAUAUGGGUCACAAACAAACCAGGACGUUGAAAUGGCUGCCACAAGUGAGGACUCAGAAAACUCAUCGUCGAGUGAUAUCGAAGUAGGAGAAUCAAGUGAUAGGAGUCGCACGCCAUUCCACUCCACUCCUGCAGAACCUUCUCAUUGUCCUCAAUUGCCAAAAGAGCAAGCACACAGUGCAGUAUCCCCAUCUCUACCAGUGACAGAAAUAGGAAAGCAGAUGUUUAGGUUGUACUGCCACAGGAAUACCACUCCCCGAAUUCUGGAAGCCCUCAGGGCCUGCGGUAGCAUCGAUGGCAAUACUCUGGCAUCAGCAACUGUCGAUAAUGGGCCGACAUGUAGGCCUAUUGAGAUGAUACAUGGCAAGAUCUUUGAAGGGGCAGCUGAAAGGACAUCAUCUGAAGUAUCACUCGAUCUCUUUGAGGACAACUCUAAUGGCAUUGAUGGGGAUGUGGAGAAAAAGAAGGAUGAACAGUUGACCAAGCCAGCAAGUCUGGAUAGUGCUAUUAAGAGAAAGAGAUCAGCCAAAGAUGAUACAGAGACCAAACCAAAGAAGUCAAAGAAGAACAAGAAAAAAAGGAAAGUGACAGCUAAGCCAGGAGAUAAAACUUUUAAAACUAGACUUAAAGUCAUCAAUGGACCAAUCAAAGGAGAUGCAAGAAAGAAAAAUGCCAAAGAUGAUGCAAAGACCAAACCAAAGAAGUCAAAGAAGAACAAGAAAAAAAGGAAAGUGACAGCUAAGCCAGGAGAUAAUACUUUUAAAACUAGACUUAAAGUCAUCAAUGGACCAAUCAAAGGAGAUGCAAGAAAGAAAAAUGAGUACAGAUGGAAGCGAGAAAUGAGAGAACAGUCAAAGUGCCCUUGGAGUCCUAUCACUUUGGAACCAUCUUUGGAGUCUGACCUUGGCGUGCUACGAUGUCUCAAGGCAGCAGCUAGGGCAGUACUGAAUCAACGAGUAACUCACCUAGACAGCAGGGAUGCAAACCUAGAGGAAGAGGACCAGGACACUGGGACCUUCGUCAAUCUUUUAUCGUUUCCUGAUGUGUUCAUGACGAAGAAGAAAGACCAACCGUCCUUUCGCAAAGUACCACCAAGUGAAAUACAAAUUUUGCAUGGGUUAUAAGCACCAGUACAACUGUCUUUUUAUGAUUUUUAGUUG